AUGUCCUUCACCCCACCUGCACAUCGCGAACAUCUUGCUUUCCAAGUAUUUCAGCAAAGAGUGGUUCUGAAAAGUAGUGACGCAGAACUGACGGGACUAGUCAAGGUUAUGUGUGAUGGCUCCGCCGGCCCUGGAGGCCCAAACAUGGGCCAGGGUGGCCCAAGCUAG